AUGUCAAAAGAUUUAAAAGCCUUGUUGGUAUCAUUCAAAGAUGCCACACAAUACUGGGUCGCCAACUUGACGAGCGAUCAAAUUUCGCAAAUCAAAGCGGCGAAAGUGGAAAACCCGUUGGAUGAGCUACUGAAAUUAGUCAAGUUGAUUAAAGCUCAUGUAACAAAGGUGGGAAUAAUAUUCAAGCCGGAAACAUUAGCCAAACAAGAACCCACAGCUUACAAUACAUUGGAGAAACUAUCAGAAUCACUUAUUUUGUUGGUGUCGGUUAUAUCUCAACUCCAAGCUAAGCAAGUUUCGAAAUUGUUCUACAAUGAGAUUAUUUAUCAAAUUACACAACUAAUAGAAUCAAAUCACGAAUUGGCCAAUGAACUUAUAUAUAUAUAUGAUGAGAAAGAAGACUCAGAGAGAUUGGUAUCAAUAGGGAAGAUUUGGUCAAACUGUGAUUCACUUGCGAGCUUGAUCAGUAAUGGAGCAUUCAGUUUACUCACAUUGAAAAUAAAACAAAGUAUCGGAUUGAUUGAUGAUGGGUUUGAUGAGUUUGUUGAGUGGGUAGAGAAUCCGGUAGAUAUGGAUGAUGAUCCAUUUGGAUUUAGCGAUGAUGAUGAAGAAGAUGGUGACGGGGACAACUUUGAUGAGGGGGAAGAGAACGAGAAUGAGAAUGAGGAAGAUUCGGCAGAGUUGAAAUCCUUUGCUAAAAAGUGGAUAAAGAAAAUUGAGUUGGUCAAACUACUUCUCGCGUCAUUUAAAAAGUCAUUACCUAAAACUACCACUGGUUCUCAAAUAGAUGAAAUUGAUACAUUACAAAGAAAUAUCAGCAAUCUGAUUGACAAGUUAAUUGUUGACUUAAUGCUAAACAGACAAAUCACCAAAGAAACAGAAUCGAUUUCCAACGACAUAUCUACCAGUUCCAUUAAAUUGGCCAAACUAGCCGAAUCUAUACACACUGAUAAAAAAGCCACUUGGUAUUCCACUUGGAUAACUAAGUAUGAUUAG